AUGUCGGAUAGGGAAAGGAAAAAGUUGGCGUUAAGGAUACGCACCCUUUUUGAUAGAUUGUAUAAAGUGGAAGACAACGGAUUUUUAAUUUAUCAAACAUUCCAAACAUUACCCUUGAGAACAGGAACCGACUAUUACAAAUUGGUCAAGAAUCCUCUUUCUUUGCAUGCAGUUGGAAAGAAAAUCAAAACACAGAAAUAUGCCAGUGCCCAAGAAUUUAUAGAUGAUUUGGCUUUGAUUUCAUGGAAUGCUAGAUACUUUAAUGAACCAGGUUCUGCUGUGUACAGGCACGCCCAAAUCUUGAAAGAAUAUAUCAGCAACGUGGUGCUUCCUAAACUAAGAAAUGACAAGGCUAUUCCAAACCACUCUUCCUUGUUCUACCCUAAUUUGGGUGAUUUGCCUGAUGAUAAUGAUGAUCCUACCUUGGCGGGUGUUAAUUUUGGAGAUGCGGGUGAAUCAACACCCAGAAGAGAAGAAUUUGUUUCUGAAAUGAGCGUUACUCCUCAAGCAGACCCAUUCAUCUCAAUGUCAAAACCUUUGGUUAGUACUUCACAUCCUAAGCAACAACCAUUUAUCAACAGCAAUAUCCAUACUCCAAAACACCAAACUCCACUGUAUACAAGAGAAAGAGCAACAAAGCAAGCCGAAUCGGGUAUCAGAAGAGGUCGUCCACCUAUUAUUGAUAAGCCAUUUGAAACUCGUAUCAAGUUGAUUUUGAAAGGGUUCAAGAAAUUGCGUGAUGCAACUAAUGAUCAUGCCUUGACUAAGCAUUUUGAAAGGCUUCCCGAUAUCAAGCAGGAAAUUGAUUAUUAUGAACGUAUUCCAAAUCCAAUAAGUUUACAAGAAAUCAAAGUGAAGGUAAGAAGUAGAAAAUAUGCUACUGUUGACCAAUUUAUAAAUGACUUGGAUUUAAUGUUUGCUAAUGCUCAGACUUAUUAUGGUGAUGAUCCAUACAGUGAAGAAUUUAUGGAUUACCAACAAUUCAAAAAGGAAGCUCAAAUUAUUAUUCAAAUGGAAUUGAGCAAAUCCGACAAAGAAGUUCUCAGUCUUAGUACCGCAAGUAGUGAUGGUGUUUUGAGAUUCCCCAUGGAUUCGUUAGAAGUUAAUGGCUACACCUAUAAAAUUGGUGAUUGGGUAUUAAUGUCAAACCCAGUUGAUGCCGAGAAGCCUACUGUGGGACAAAUCUUCCGUUUAUGGUCUACUGAAGAAGGGAACAGAUAUUGUAAUAUAUGUUGGUACUACCGUCCCGAACAAACUUGUCAUGCUAUCGAUCGUUUAUUCUUCAAGAAUGAAGUUUGUAAAACAGGUCAAUACAGAGAUCAUUUAGUUGAUGAAAUUGUUGGUCCUUGCUAUGUUAUCUUUUUAACAAGAUACCAAAAGGGUGACCUUCCAGAAGGUGUUAUCCCUGAUGGAGCUCCUUGGUUUAUUUGUGAAUUCAGAUAUAACGAAUCAACCCAUGUUUUCAAUCGUAUUAGAACCUGGAAGGCUUGUUUACCAGAUGAAGUUAGAGAUGAUCCUGAACAACCAUUAAUUCCCUUACAUGAAAACCGUAAGUUGAUUAAAUAUGAAUCACCUUUGAAGAACCUUUUGAGACCAGAUGCAUAUGUCGGUAUGCCCAUUCCAGAUCCAAUAGGAGGACAACCAAACACUCCACCAGUAUCAGGGCUGGUUUAUAAAUUAGCCCCAAUACCCGAUGAUGAUUUGGGCCAAUACAUUUCCAGUCCUAAUGUUACACCGAUGCCAGAACAUGAUGAUGUAGCUACAGGACGUCGUGCAUUCCUCUUCACUCCUAUUUCUCAAUUGAAAGGUGGAGGUGGUGCCACCACUGCUGUAUAUGCUACUUCCCCUAGUGUGCUUGCUCGCGGAUCUCCUACUGCUCUGCAGGAUGUUGUGCCAACUCAUACAACCACCAGUAUUAGUGCUCCUACAAACUUUGUUGAAGAUAAACAUGCAUUACCAGGAAGUUAUAAGCUGCUUCAAGCACAAAUUCAAGAAAGCCAAGCUAAGAAAUUGCAAGAGCAACAAUUGCAACAAAUGCAAUUACAACAACACCAGCUGUUGUUUAGAAGAGCCAACACUCCUACACCUACUAGUAUUGCGCCCACUGGAGGAAAUUACCAUACUUCUGCAUCCACUUAUUCUACAUUAUUGGCUGGUGGAACUUUAGCUUAUGGGUUGAAUACAGGAGUUUUUGAUUUAGGCGAAGAAGUUGAAGAAUUAGUCAACAAGAGACAAAAGUUGAAUAAUGAAGGUGAAGUUGAAUCUGAAGAAUUUGUGUUUUACAGAGCACCUCCAGUAUUAUUAAGCGGAAGAAAAAUUAUAACUAAUUCUCAAGCCGAGCUUGGACAUUCAGCUGCAUAUUUAGCCUGGAAAUUAAGGAGGGAGCAACAGUAA